AUGACGGCCUUUUCACUGUUCUGGAAGUUGCACUGGAUAUAUCUGUUAGAUUUGGUUCAUUUUGCAGAAUGUGGAACGUUUUUUACCAAAGCUUUACGUGAAGUUUCCUAUAUACAGAAUGUUUCAGAACAAAAUCAUUUGGUUUUCGCCCUAAAAUCUGAUCCGCAAAGUGUAGUCUAUUUAUAUAAUGAUGUAUUCAAAACGGGGGCAGUAGCCAUGGGAAAGGGAUCCAAUCCAAAAAUAAUCUUUUUUGCAAUAGAUUGUGAUUACCCAGAACACCUACACACGAGCGAUUUAGCAACUCCAACAGAAUAUUCAUGGUUAUGGAUAAAGUGGACAGGGACACAGCUAAAAUUUGGUACAGGGAAAACUCCUGGUGUGGAUUUGGUAUACUCUACCCCCUUCUCUCAUGAUGUUAAGUAUAUUGGUUUUGCAAAGUAUGGCAGAAGCACUGAAUCUCAUUGGAUAGUUGGUCAGACCAAUGAACACAUGAAUGAAUCUGAAUUUAAGAAAACAGAAGGUAGGCGAAUUAGAGAUACAUCAAGCGCAUACCAUGUAAGCAGUUCUUUCCAAUGCGCUGAAUUCUGUUUGAGUCUUAAUGGAUGUUAUGGAUUCAACCUGUCAUUAAAAGUGAAUGGCUUUUCUGUUUGUGAGUUGAUCCAGAAAGAUAUGGAAUAUAUUAUGUGUAAUGAUAUCGACUCCUUAGAUUGGACUGUGGAAGAAAAUUCAACAUGGACACAUUAUUAUCUGUAA